GUGAGGGCUCCAAUGGUGACAGGAAGUGAUAGUCGCCUUAACUGUUACAAAUGUUAACUCUUAUGACAAACUUCAAAAGUCGUUAUUUUUUGCGGAUUAGACUAUUAGGGUGGUAUGAGUAAAAAAAAAAAAAAAAAAAAACUAUAACAUGGAUAUUCAGGAAAAAGAUGACUGUAACGUCGCUCUUAAAUUAUUUCGGUUUGAAGAGAAGCACGAAGAAGACGCCACGUCUGACGCGCCAUCACUGACUGUUUCAGUCCCCGAGAUUCUCGACCCGCAGUAUGGCAUGUAUGUGUGGCCGUGCGCCGUGGUGCUCGCGCAGUAUGUGUGGAUGCACAGAGACCACGUGCACGGAAAGACCGUCCUCGAGCUGGGCGCAGGAGUGAGUUUACCUGGAAUAGUGGCUGCGAAAUGUGGAGCGAACCUGGUUCUUUCAGACAGUGCAGAACUGCCGCACUGUUUGGACAACUGCCGCCGUACCUGUGAGGCCAAUGAGCUGUGCAGUGUGCCAGUGGUGGGCAUCACGUGGGGACGGAUAGCCCCUGAGUUAUUACUUCUACCACCCCUGGACUUCAUUUUGGGAUCAGAUGUUUUCUAUGAGCCUAAAGAUUUUGAGGACAUCUUAGUGACGGUGUCAUUCCUCUUAAGAAGGAACCCUGAAGCUCAGUUUUGGACAGCUUAUCAAGAGAGAAGUUCAGACUGGUCAAUAGAAGCUUUGCUCCAUAAAUGGAACCUUACAUGUACAGAUGUACCUUUGGAGAACUUUCAUGCCGACAAGCAACAUUUGGCAAGUUCAGCACUUCCUGGGACUCAUACAAUACAAAUGAUGAUAGUAUGUUUAAAGGACACCACAAGCAGGUGAAGAAACUGG